UUUUUCUUUUUCUUGAGUGUUUGUAGAAUUUAGUUACAUUUUUAGGGCUUUGCUGAUUAAAGACUUGUUCUUUAUUAAGUUCAUGUAGCUGUCUGCCCUUAUAUUUUGCUAUGCUUUGGUGCUAAAUUUUUCUCCUUUCUGUUUGAUUUUUGCACCUUUUUAAGGGCUGGUGGACUGGAUGAUGUUGAGCAUAAGGUUCUUUUAGGAAAAAGCCCAUUUUUUUUAAUAAACAUAUGUAGUCAUUGCUAAAUAGGAUUGUUGUUGAAUGACGGUGGUAUAUGAGUCAUCGCGCACUUUGAUUAGUCCUCCGGGUGCCUGCUACCUCACACCGGCACAUGUACGGAUAAUGGGUACCCCUAGAGAAGAGGCAACAAAUGAAGUUUCCUCCGAGAAUUUACAGCCGAAGCCAGACCCUGAUCCUCACCCUGCAACCAACAACCCAGAGUUAAAAGAGAAAGGGAGCUGUGAAUCAAUGUCAGCUGAUGUUGUUUCUGGUGAGUUGCAGAAGAGGCUGAGUCCUGCUGUUGGCGCACAAGCAUCAAAAAGUAAUCAAGAGGAAACUACACAUCCUUCAACAUGCCAAGAUGCGUCAAGUAAUGUGUCACAAUCUAUUGUAGAAGAUAUUUCUUUUUCUAAAGUACAAGGGUACCAGUCAGAAAAUGUGCGGCAGAAACAGGGUCUUAAGAGUGAGGGUGAUGUAUCUGGAUGCAGUCAACUUUCUAUUUUACCAAAAGACUCAGAUGCAAAGUCAUGUGGAUCAGAAUCUGGUGUAACAGAGAAAGUGGUUUCCCCAUUAUCUGGAAAGGCUUCAGAUUCUUCAGAUCAAAUACAAAGUCAGAUCAUGGAGGUAGCUGUAUCACGAUCUGAUCAACAACUAGUGACUUAUCCCAUAAGGCCUGAGAAAACUUUGGAUAAGUUGCAACCGAGGCGAAACCCUGAUAGUAGUGGCCAUGGGUUGCCAUCUGAUCGUGGUACGACUCUCUUCAGGUUACCUGAAAAACCAUUGGAAGAUGGAUAUAACUGGCGAAAGUAUGGUCAGAAGCUUGUCAGAGGAAAUGAGUUUACUCGGAGUUAUUAUAAGUGCACAUACCCUAAUUGCCUAGCAAAAAAGCAAGUGGAGAGAUCACAUGACGGGCAUAUUACAGAUGUCCACUAUAUUGGGAAGCAUGAACAUCCGAAAACUCCAAGUGGUCCUCAGACCCCCCCUGGAUCGGUGGUCCCUUUGCAAAUGAGACAACCAGACAUUCCAAUGCUCACUGCAUCAGAAGAAGCUGAAGGCGAGAAAUCUACUGUGCUUGGAGAAACAUGUGAACCUAGUAAGCCAUCAGAGGCCCCGCUUGCAUUGGACAUUGUAUCAGCUGGUGGUGGUAUGCAGGUUACGCCUUUGAAGCCACAUAAAUUAGAAUAUGAGGUCGAUAAGAAUAGUGGUCCAGACUCAAAAAGACAAAAAAAAGAUAUAGCUAAGGAUGAUACUCCACCUAUUAAGUCCCAUAGUCAACCACGGCACAUUGUUCAGACCGUGAGCGAAGUAGAUAUAGUCAACGAUGGUCACCGCUGGCGCAAAUAUGGGCAAAAAUUUGUAAAAGGCAAUCCAAAUCCAAGGAGUUACUACAGAUGCUCAAUUGCUGGUUGCCCUGUGAAGAAGCAUGUGGAGAGGGCAUCCCAUGAUCCAAAAAUGGUCGUUACAACAUAUGAAGGGCAGCAUGACCAUAACAUGUCAUGGUUUAGGACUUUAAGCCAAAUUACAGCGGCGCCUGAUCUCAGUUUAACAGGCAUAAGUGGAGAAUCCAGAUUGGAAUCAGGUGAAACCAAACAUGUUGGAGAGUCCAUAUCUGAAUCGGGUGAAAACAAACAUGUCGGAGAGUCCAGAAUUGAAUCGGGUGAAAACAAACAUGUUGGAGCGUCCAUAUCUCAAUCGGGUGAAACCAAACAUGUUGGAGAGUCCAGAGUUGAAUCAGGUGAAAACAAACAUGUCGGAGAGUCCAAAUCUGAAUCAGGUGAAAACAAACAUGUUAAUAUUGACAUGGUUGUUCAUAUUGGUGCAAAUUGAGUAUGAACAUUCUGAUGCAAAGCAAUCAACUUAUCCAGAUGUAGAGUUCCUUAGCUCAGCACCAUUCGUCUAAUCUUUUAAAAUUCUUCAAUUAUUUUCUUCAUGGUUAUAUUUCUAUAGGUAUACUUUUUAACUCGUUAUGGGCGAUGGAGGUGUGAUAUUUGUAUAUUCACUGUAUAAUUUUAUGUUUCUCAUCUAACGAGAAAAGAAAGUAUUUUAUCAUAAAUAACCAAUUAUGGACUGUUGAUCGGCUGCUUUA